AUGUGCCCCGGGGCGCUGUGGGUGGCCUCACUGCUGCUGUCCCUGCUGGCCUGCUCUGCACAGGGGAAGCCGCUGCAGAGCUGGGGGUGGGCGUCUGCUGGGGGAAACGUCCACGGCUCGCUGGGGGAGCCCCAAGGAGAGCUGCAGGAGGGGACCUUCGACCUGAAGAUGUUCCUGGAGAACAUGAAGGUGGAUUUCCUGCGCAACCUCAACCUGAGCGGGGUCCCUUCCCAGGACAAAACCAGAGUGGAGCCACCUCAGUACAUGAUCGACCUGUACAACAGGUACACCAGUGACAAGUCGUCCACCCCGGCCUCCAACAUCGUGCGGAGCUUCAGCGUGGAAGAUGUCAUCUCCGUACCUGCCACAGAAGACUUCCCCUUCCAGAAACACAUCUUGCUCUUCAACCUCUCCAUUCCCAGACACGAGCAGAUCACCAGGGCCGAGCUCCGACUCUACGUCUCCUGUCAAAAUCACAUGGACUCCUCUCUUGGGCUGAAAGGAAACAUGAUCAUUUAUGACGUGCUAGACGGAGCAGAUGCCUGGGACGGUGCUGUGGGAACCAAGACCUUCCUGGUGUCCCAGGACAUUCGGGACGAGGGCUGGGAGACCUUGGAGGUGUCCAGAGCUGUGAAGCGGUGGGUCAGGGUGGACUCCAGCAGGAGCAAGAACAAGCUGGAAGUGACGGUGGAGAGCCACAGGAAGGGCUGCGGCAAGCUGGACAUCAGCGUACCCCCAGGCUCCAAAAACCUGCCCUUCUUCGUCGUCUUCUCCAACGACCGCAGCAACGGGACCAGGGAGACCAGGCUGGAGCUCAGGGAGAUGAUCGGCCACGAGCAGGAGAGCAUGCUCACAAAGCUGUCCGCAAAUGGCUCGGCAGAGGCAGCGGGGAGCAACAGCCCGGGGGAGGACGUGGACGGCCGCGUGGCCACAGGGUCGUCUUUGGCCAGACGGAAGAGGAGCAUAGGAGCCAGCAGCCACUGUCAGAAGACAUCCCUGCGGGUGAAUUUCGAGGACAUUGGCUGGGACAGCUGGAUCAUUGCGCCCAAGGAGUACGAUGCCUACGAGUGCAAAGGCAGCUGCUUCUUUCCCCUGGCAGACGACGUGACACCCACAAAGCACGCCAUUGUGCAGACCCUGGUACACCUCAAGUUCCCCACGAAGGUGGGCAAGGCCUGCUGCGUGCCCACCAAACUGAGCCCCAUCUCCGUCCUCUACAAGGACGACAUGGGGGUGCCCACCCUCAAGUACCACUAUGAGGGGAUGAGCGUGGCAGAGUGCGGCUGCAGGUAG